AUGAACAUCAUUCGUAAACGACGCAAACGCAAAGAUGCCGCCGCCUUGCCACAAUAUGCAGACUUGACUCCACUCGAGGGAAUACAAAGCCAAAGGGCAUACAAUACAUUGCAAUCACUGGGGCAUAAUACCGCAGCCAUGUCACCUGCACCGUCCAUGGAUUAUCAUCACCCUCAGGACAAUCAAGCACUCCCACCAUACGAGUUACCCAAACAACCGCCUCUAGCAAAAACGCGAAGCUAA